AAUUGUAAGAUACAACUUGUAAAGUUUGUUGUUUGGUUAGAGCUUGGUAUGUAGUCUUAUUAAACAAGACUAAUUUAUGUGGUGUGUGUUUAAUCCGCGCAUCUCGUUAUUCUUAUUGAAAUGUAUACGUGUUUCAAAAGUGUUCCAAGGAUAUUUAAUAACAACGUGAAAAUAUGAAAAUCAUGCUUGGAAAUAUGGGAUAAUUAAUUACAACUCGAGAUGGGAUUGGAAUUCGUUAGUUGCGUAGCUAACUAGUUACUACGUUUGUCUAACUGCUGUAUUAAAUUUGUAGGCUUAGGAAGUUGGGUUACGGUUAAAAAGGGCCAAUCUGAGGUGAGUGUUACUGUUAGUACUGCAUUUCAGUGCAAAUAUUGAAUAUACAAUAAUCGUUGUAAAUUGAUUUUUUCUACAAUAAAUACAGUUUACAAAUUACACCUCAUUUUUCUUCUGAAACCAGUAGUAGCAAUAUUACUCCAAAAGUCUAAAACUUAAUGUACACGUGCUGAUACUAGUAACAGUAACAACUACAGGUUGGAAUUGGAGUUAUUUAGAACUUUAAAAAUACGAUUUUUACUGAACUAAAUCAACGCUUGUUAUGAUAGAAAGAUUAUAAAUGUAUAUUAAAUGAAAUCAUUUGUUAAAACUUUCAUGAUCUGGCUGCUAAAUGUCAAUUUGAACAACAAAAAAGAUUAUGGCUACAAGUCCCACCGAAUCAUAUGCUUCAUUUUUUGGCAUUCCGACCAAAAGUAGAUCAAAUAGUGUGAACACAGAAAAAAAUGAUUCUAAUACUAUUAGUCAUAGGGAUGAAAAAUUGGAAAUAGUUUCUAAACAAAGAACUGAUAGUAAUAUUGACACUUCAAAUCUUAACGAUUUGAACCUACAGCCGGACAGAAGCAGUGUCAGCCAUUCAGUUACAGAAUUUCCGAUACAACAAUCUUCUACAGAUUUUGAUGAAGGAAAAACUAAUGACGUUGAAGAAUAUGCACAUGUGGAAUCUUCACACAAACUUUCACCACCUGUUGGCAGCUACAGUGAUGAGAAAAGCUGCCAAGAUUCUGUUUACAGUGACGAAUUUGAGUCGGAUUCACUGCCAUCAAAUGUUAAAACUGCAAAGAAAAAGCUGACAAAGUAUAGAAGACAGAGUGGAAAUGAAUCAGCUGGGGUAAACAAAUCGAGAAGCCUACUAAGAAACAGUAUGUACUUUCAACUCCACGGAAAACAAAAUAGUAAGUCCCAACGAUCAAGUCAGGCCUCCAGGUCCAAUUUUAGCACUGGGCCUCAGGAGAGAAACUAUGUAACUCAACGGUUACUUUCUGCACGAAGACUGAAAAUUAAUGAGCUGAGAAAUGAACUUGAGGAUACCCAGCGUCAAGUUAGGGAAGUGGAGCAAGAAAACCGUUUCUUGAAACGUCUUCAGUUAAAACAAGAAAGGGACCUGGCAAGGCUACAGAACUCUAAAGGAGAGUUACCUGAAAUGUUACAAUCACACAGUGAGGAAGUAAGAGUGUUGAAGAAGUUGCUAAGUAAAGCUAAAGAAAAGAUCAAGUAAAUAUCUCUAUUCAAGAGAUCGUUUUAAAUAGUCUAUUAGUACGACUUAAGUA